AACUUGUUUCAGGGAAUUGGGGGGGAUGGGGGAAUUGCAGCUGCGGUGCCGCUUUAAAUACCCCAAGGACAAAACGAGGUCAGCGCGCGCUGCAGAAGCAAUUACUGCCACAUGAACGGUUACGACUUUAUGCUAAACUCAAAAUCUUGCGUCUUACUGUGGCUAUACGCGCCUCGAAGCAUUACACAAAACGACUGAUGUAUCAUCGUAAUCUAUGAAAACCGUCACCUAGAGCGAGAGAGCGGGUCUAGGCGAUUCAACCUCAUUUUGGACAGAAACACGUAUGUAGGUCAGAACUGGUAGAAAAAGAGAAAAAAAAAUCAGGAAGACGUUAGGUAAAGGUAGACAGGUCACACAAACCCACCAAGAGUUUUCCAAGCGUGUGCAAGGGAAGAAGUCAGGAAAUUCCAUUGUAAGAAAAAGGGAGGGCGCGCUGCGAGCAAGCAACAUUAAUAAUUGAUUGCUCUCUUUUCUGUCAGGACGUGGGACGUUUCAGAAGGUAGAACUCCAUGUGAUCUGAGUUCCUUCAUCAGCAGCUGCAGUUCCCUUCACAAACACUCGCGUAGCCGCUGUGCAGCAAGAAACAAGGACGUCCUUUAAGCCUGGGAAAAAAAACAGGGAUGCGCCGAGCGAUCAGCUAAAUAUCCCCACCUACUAUUGCGUGAACUUCAUUUUGGAGGGUUAAAUCGUCUCUCUAAAAGAUACAAGCCGCCGGGACAGAUCUGGCACCAAAGGACUACUUCAGUUGUUCGAUCUGAAUGUAACAUCGUGAAGAAACGAACGGCAGGAACUAAAAGCCAUCGCCAUGGAUUUUGUUAUGAAACAAGCACUGGGUGGGGCCACCAAAGACAUGGGGAAGAUGCUGGGAGGAGAGGAAGAGAAGGACCCGGAUGCUGAAAAAAAGGAGGAGGAAAGACAAGAAGCUCUCAGACAACAGGAGGAAGAGAGAAAGGCCAAAUACGCCAAAAUGGAAGCAGAGAGAGAAUCAAUGCGACAGGGCAUCAGGGAUAAGUACGGCAUCAAGAAGAAGGAGGAGCGGGAGGCCGAGGCCCAGGCGGCCAUGGAGCAGCCGGCCGAAGGCAGCCUCACCCGCCCCAAGAAGGCCGUCCCUGCCGGCUGCGGGGACGAGGAGGAGGAGGACGAGAGCAUCAUGGACACGGUCAUGAAAUACCUACCAGGUCCCCUUCAAGACAUGUUCAAUAAAAAGUAACACGGCUGGCUAUGUUUGAUUGUUACCCUUUAGUUUAUAUCGCAAAAUUCACCGCCCCCCUCCCCCAACACCCUCUUCCCCUUCACCUCCCUCCCCAGAGACUUAGAAUAUAGUCCAAAAUUAACCACAUUUAAUCUGUUUUAUUUGUAAA